UAUUUGCCACCAGCUUGCUACACGAUGUCGCGUGCAGAGAAACGGAUUUUUUGCGAGUCAUUGUAUGGCAUUAAGGUCCCUACUGGCUACUCAUCGAAUAUGAAGCGCUUUGUUACCUUAAAUGGUGAGUUGAAGUUAUCGAGUAUGAAAUCGCACGAUUGUCAUGUCAUGAUGCAAGUAUUCUUACCGAUUGCAAUUCGUGGGAUACUUCCAAAGCAUGUGAGGCACACCAUUACAGAACUGUGUUCAUUUUUUCAUUCAAUCUGCAGCAAAGUCCUAGACCCGUCGACCCUCGAUUCCUUGCAGACUAGAGUAGUUGAAACUCUAUGCAAAUUUGAGAUGUAUUUCCCCCCUGCAUUCUUUGACAUUAUGGUCCAUCUCAUUGUCCAUCUAGUUCGAGAAAUUAAGCUGUGUGGUCCAGUGUUUUUGAGGUGGUGCUAUCCUUUUGAGAGAUAUAUGGGAACUUUGAAAGAUAAAGUUCGUAAUCCUGCACAACCAGAAGGUAGUAUAAUUCAAGGGAUUGUGGGUGAAGAGAUCAGUAAUUUUGUGGCUGAGUAUUUUGCUAGUGUUGAUCCUGUUGGACUUCCGACAUCCCGACACGAGGGCAGACUUGAGGGCAAGGGUACAAUUGGUUCAAAAUUGAUCACACCUUCCGUAGAAAAGCGUAAACAAGCUCACUUAUUUGUAUUGCAUCACGUACCAGAUGUCCAUCCUUAUUUAAGUGAACAUAUGGAGGAAUUACGUGUUAGCAAUCCUGGAAAAGGAGUGAGGGCAUUGACGCAAAUGCAUAACAAGACUUUCAUUGAUUGGUUUCAUAAACGAGUACUCAAUGAUUUGGAUGAAAGUGUUCCUGAAACAGUCAAGUGGUUAGCAUUUGGUCCUCGUGAAGCUGUACGCUCUUAUGAGGGUUAUGAUAUUAAUGGGUAUACUUUUUGGACUGAACGUCAAGAUCUCAAGUCAAGAUCGCAACAAAAUAGUGGUGUUUCACUUGUGGCGUCGUCUACACAAUAUGCAAGCUCGAAAGAUAAGUCGCCUGUACAUGCUGAAAGCAACUACUAUGGGCGAAUACAAGAAAUCUGGGAGCUGGACUACUGUAACUUUAAUAUUUGCCUCUUGUGUUGCACGUGGGUUGACAAUAAUCGCCGUUGUGUAAGAAACGAUGAUCCUUGCGGUUUCACCCUUGUUGACCUUAGUCGUUUACGUGAAACUGAGGAGCCAUUUGUAAUUGCAUCACAAGUGAAGCAAGUAUUUUUUGUAACUGAUCCUGCUGAUCAUAAGUGGUCAAUUGUUGUACCUGGUAAAAGGAGUAUCCUCGGUAUUGGUGAUGUUGAUAAUGAGGAAGAAUAUGAUGCAUUUGAGGACCUCCCCCCUUUACCUAUCCUGAAAUUCGUGUGGAAGAUGAUGUAAAUAUGUCGGAGAAUUAUAUGCGUGUAGAUCACACGGAAGGGAUACAUGUACUUGAGGAUCCUAAGAAAAGGCGGAAGCUCAAUGAAUCAUGAGACAUAAACUCAGGGACAUGGAGGAUGUGCAUACGGAUACGAGUGCGGAACACACUACCGAGGAUGAGUGUUUCGAUCACAAAAAG